CGAGUAAACGCCGCUGAUAUAAUAACUGAUCAACCGAGCCGCUACCUACACCUCUAUUUCUCCACUGGUUCUAUACAGUGCCUUUAUAGUCAACAUCGAUUAAAGGCCGGAGAACACUAUUUACCCCUUAUCGAUAAAUAUUCUAACGAGAGAGUUCUAAGCGAUAGUGAGAUUUACCUAAAAGUUCGGCAAUAUCGAUAUAAAGCAAAUUCACACUUCGAAAAUCGAUGGUUAGCGCGGCUGUCAGAUAACAAAGCUAGACGGCUUCGCGGACUUAAGUCUUAUCCGAGCGCUCUAGCUAUUUACUGCGAUAAGUCUUCACUCGUAGGACACGAUCGUGCUAAGAUACUCAAAGUUAACCCUUAUACGGUGGAAAUAUUAGUCUCCUCGAAGGAUAGAACCACCGUGAAAGGUCUUAUACACAGUGGCGAAGUCUUUUUAAACUUCACAGUAUCCGAGCGGACCUCAAUUUGGAAGCGAUUAAAGAGGACAGAGGGUAUAAUUCUAUCCCUAUAUACGUUUUUUAAAGAUCUCUGGUACCUAGAAUUAUACGCGAACUGUAUUAAACGGCUUAUUAUACCUUCUAGGUUAUUCCCUACGAUUAGAGGCGCUACGCGUUUCGAUCUUACUCGCACUCCUAGGGGGACCCAGCGGAACUUAGAUAUCGAUAACUAUAGCUCUAUACUAUACGUCACUACCCGAAGUUAUCCAAAAAGCCUUAGAAGAAAAGUCCUACGGCGAAGCCUAAUUCUUAUUCAGCAGUCGCUAGAUCGUCACCGAGUGCUUCUUAAGGGCCUGGGAGGGAAUUCAAGAAGGAAUCUCGAUAUAGAUAUCCGCAAACCGAAGCCUAACUGUAAGAUUGUCAAUUCCUUUUUAUCGACUAACUCUAUGGUGAUUCCCUCCAAAGGGAACGAAAAGCUACUUCUACUUUAUAAGCUGUCAAUACCCCGUAAAAACAACGACACAGCGGGUAGAUCUCUAACUCCAGACUUACCAAUAUCCCCGCUUUUUAUUCCGAGCAAUAGUUCGCCAGCGGUAACGUUUGAAAGAUACACGCCGAGGGAGACGUCAGCAGAACAACGACAGCAGCGAAGACACCGAUUAUCAUAUACCGACCGUUAUUAUAGCAAGGAAACCGCGCGUAUUGAUUCGGAAGGUAGCCGGAUAGGAGAGGUAGUGGAACCAGUAUCCAAGAUAGAAUUUAGGUUCGUUGGAAGUAGGGGUAUAAUAAGUCAAAAUAAGCAGGGUCGUCUUUAUAUAGAACCAGCCGAAGCCGAUAAACUGGAGUACAGCGAGAUUAUUAAGGGGGGUUAUAGUUUCGGCGACGGUAAAGAAUCAGAAGAUAGUUACGCUGGAUUUAGGUUUGUUCCCUCGAGACCUCCCUCGCCUUCUGUUGGGUCAAGGUAUACCUCCACGGAACUACAAUCACCAGGAGAGUUUCGUUUGAUAUCUAUAGCCUCUCUACCACUACACCCAGAUAUAAAUUCGUAUAAGAGGCAACAACACCCCCUCGCCGCUAGAUUUGAAGAUCACGACUCUAUAGCACCAAUAGGCAAGGAAAACAAAAUCCUCUCGGCAGAAACAGCAGCGCAGCUUUCUUUAUCGGAAGAAGUUGAAAAAGCACUGGCAAUUUUAGAAGGACGUAGGGCAUCGGAGAUAAUAUCGGGCCCCUCUAGGAUUGUGGGCACUAAAAGUGCGGCGCUGCGAGAGAUCGCUAAAUUCAAACUAUAUAACCGCACGCAACGGCGCCAACAAACCCGGAACUCUGGAGCACCGGAAGAAAGAUCAGGCUCAGUCGAUCAAAACUCAGAACACUAUAGAAUAAGGAAUAUCCGAUCGGAACAGGAAGAACGGUCGUCUAAGUCUGUACCACUAGACGCUUCGCCGGAGGUCUAUAUUAUAGCCGAUACUACGCAGAAGGACACUCUAGUAGAGCGCCCCUCUUCGUCACUACAACGAGAGUCUCCUGCGCAGACUGAUACGCGCACACCAAUAGAAAUAGCUAGUUACCCGAGGAAUAAGACGAGUCUCGUGAGCGAGGAGAAGGAGCCAGCGAUACAGCCAAUGACAAUUAAGUUCCGUGUAUAUAAUAAACACGGCGACUGGAAUCGCUUAGUCCACCAAAUAGUGGUCGAUCUAUCUGACCCCUCUCCUGUUAGGCGAAUAGCGUCCAAAAACGCGCGAGAACCGAUUGAGGAUAGCACGAACACGAUAUUUAUAACAUUCGGCGACGAUCUGGUUGUGAGUGAAGAGGCGGUGAAUUCGAUCGCACGAGUAAUUGAACCCGGUAGUGAUAAUAAUCGGCCGAUAAAACGCCGGUAUUAG